GGCAAAGCAAGCGGUGAAGAAGCUGAUUCAAUCAUUCAGAAGAAACCGGUUCACGCCAUUUUCCAUUCCCAAACCCUCUCAUUCUCUUUCCACCUUCACCCAAUUUUCUACCCACCUCUCCUCCACGGACCACAACCACUUUAUCCGCCGCCGCUGUCGGAAGACAAGAUGAAGAGGGAGCAUCAUCAUCUUCAUCCUCGCCCGGAGCCGCCUUCCAUGCCUGCCGCUCCUAAUGGAGACACUUGUUUGAAUACUGGAAAGGCUAAGCUCUGGGAGGAGGACGCCCAGCUCGAUGGAGGAAUGGAUGAGCUUCUCGCUGUUUUGGGUUACAAGGUUAAGUCGUCGGACAUGGCGGAAGUUGCGCAGAAGCUCGAACAGCUUGAAGAAGCUAUGUGUCAAGUUCAGGAUACUGGCCUUUCGCAUCUAGCUUUCGAUACUGUUCACUAUAAUCCCUCUGAUCUGUCGACUUGGCUUGAAAGUAUGAUAACGGAGCUUCAUCCGCCGCCCAGUUUUCCGCAGCCGCCUCCCUCGCAGAUGAACGAUUCGUCGUUUUUAGCCCCGGCGGAAUCCUCCACCAUCACUUCCAUUGAUUACGACCCCCAACGACAGACCAGUAGCCUGAUUUUUGAGGAGUCUUCCAGUUCUGAUUACGACCUUAAAGCUAUUACGAGCAGCGCGAUUUAUUCACCAAGAGAGAACAAGCGUUUGAAACCCUCGUCCGAGUCGGACUCGGAUUUAUUCUCUACCUCGGCGAUUGGGGCAUCCGAUUCUACAACUCGCCCCAUAGUUCUCGUCGACUCGCAGGAGAACGGAAUUCAACUGGUUCAUGCUUUGAUGGCCUGCGCCGAAGCCGUGCAGCAGAACAAUCUGAAUCUGGCGGAGGCUCUGGUGAAGCGAAUCGGGUACUUGGCGGUUUCUCAAGCCGGAGCGAUGCGGAAGGUCGCCACAUUCUUCGCCGAAGCAUUGGCACGCCGAAUCUAUCGGGUCUGCCCUGAAAAUCCCCUCGAUCAUUCAAUGUCCGAUAUGCUUCAAUUGCAUUUCUACGAGAGCUGUCCGUAUUUGAAAUUCGCACAUUUCACCGCGAAUCAAGCGAUUCUUGAGGCCUUCGAAGGGAAGAAGCGCGUUCACGUAAUCGAUUUCUCGAUGAACCAAGGGAUGCAGUGGCCGGCUCUGCUUCAAGCCCUAGCUCUACGGCCGAGUGGUCCCCCAGCCUUCCGUCUCACCGGGAUCGGACCUCCGGCGCCGGAUAACUCCGAUUACCUUCAAGAAGUCGGUUGGAAACUCGCUAAAUUAGCCGAAAACAUCAAUGUGGAGUUCGAAUACAGAGGAUUCGUGGCGAAUAGCUUGGCGGAUCUGGACGCGUCGAUGCUGGAGCUCCGACCGAGCGAGGUGGAGUCAGUGGUGGUAAACUCGGUGUUCGAGUUGCAUAAGCUACUGGCUCGGCCGGGCGCCAUCGAAAAGGUUAUGUCGGUAGUGAAGCAGAUGAAGCCGGAGAUCAUGACGGUGGUGGAGCAGGAAGCCAACCAUAACGGUCCGGUUUUCAUGGAUCGGUUCACUGAGUCACUCCAUUACUACUCGACGCUUUUUGACUCGUUGGAGAGCUCGCCCAACAACCAGGACAAGAUGAUGUCGGAAAUGUACCUCGGAAAGCAAAUUUGCAACGUGGUGGCUUGUGAAGGCAGCGACCGAGUGGAGCGGCACGAGACUCUGACCCAGUGGCGAACUCGGUUUUGCUCCUCUGGGUUCGAACCCAUCCACCUGGGCUCCAAUGCAUUCAAGCAAGCAAGUAUGCUCCUCGCCCUAUUCGGCAGCGGAGAAGGAUACCGAGUGGAAGAGAACAACGGAUCUCUAACGCUGGGGUGGCACACCCGCCCGCUCAUCGCCACCUCCGCCUGGAAACUCGGGAACAACUCGGCGGUGGUAACUCACUGAACAGAGUCAACUCGCUA